AUAGCAUAUCUCCAUGAUCUAUUAUAUCCUCAGUUGAUAAAUCCUCUAGGCUUUUUAUCUUAUUUGGUGUUGGGAUGCUUUAAUAAUCAUCUGUGGUUUUUCUUUUUCCUGUUGUUUUUUAAUAUACUAAUUAGGUCUUUCCUUCCAACUCCUAUGGCGGGAGAAACAUCAUGGAUCAGCCACUAUGAUGACAGACAAAGGGAUACUGGGGAGUUUGAUUCAUUUUCAGAACCCAUUGAGGAAGCUGAAAAGGAAGCAACUGCUGUUUCUGUGGAUGUCAUUUUGCCUGAUGACUUGUUGGCACGAAUCCUAGCCUGUCUUCCCAUCGCAAGCAUUUUUAGAGCUGGUUGUGUGUGUAAAAGAUGGCAUGAAAUUGUUUCUUCAGAGAGGUUUUUAUGGAACCUUUCACAUGUUCUUCCACAGAAACCUUGGUACUUUAUGUUUACCAGCUCUGAUGAACCAAUUGGUUAUGCUUAUGAUCCCAUCCUUCGGAAAUGGUAUGGCAUUGAACUUCCAUGCAUUGGCACUUCUAAUUGGUUCAUUUCUUCAUCAUGUGGCAUGGUUUGCUUCAUGGACAAUGACAGCAGAAGUGAAUUAUGCAUCUGCAACCCUAUUACCAAAAGCUACAGGACGCUUGAGGAGCCUCCGGGUUCAAAAUUUUCUGAUUACAGUGCAUUAGCAAUCUCAGUGAACAGGGAAUCUCACAUUUAUACUGUGGCAAUUGUAAAAUCUAAGCAAGUCCCUGGGGACUUUUUCCAGUGGGAUAUCUCAAUUCAUAUAUACAUUUCAGAAAAAGUAACCUGGGUGACCUCUUUAACAGAGGUUUUGACUGGGUGGAGAGGCGGUGAUGAGAGUGUGAUAUGUAAUGGGGUGCUAUACUUUUUAGUUUACUCAACUGGGGGCGGCGCACCAGAAAAUCGUCAUUCCCUGAUUGCAUAUAAUAUGUCCAACAGUUCUUCUCAAGGUAGCUUAACAAGGAGCUUUAUUCCAGUACCUUGUUCUUUAACAUGUGGCCGUCUGAUGAAUCUGAAGGAGAAGCUUGUAAUGGUGGGGGGAAUUGGUAAACCAGAUCGACCUGACAUAAUAAAAGGAAUUGGUAUCUGGGUUCUAAAUGAUAGAAAGUGGGAAGAUGUUGCACGAAUGCCCCACAAAUUCUUCCAAGGUUUUGGAGAGUUUGAUGAUGUUUUUGCUAGCAGUGGUGCAGAUGAUCUGAUAUAUAUUCAAAGUUAUGGAGCUCCAGCGCUUCUCAUAUAUGACAUGAACCACAAGCAAUGGAAAUGGUCACAGAAGUGCCCUGUGACAAAAAGGUUCCCGCUGCAGCUUUUUACUGGUUUUUGCUUUGAGCCCAGGCUUGAAAUUGCUCCAUAGUUCUCCAUACUAUCAAUAGCUGCUAUUGAGACUUGUCUCUAAGAUUUCUGCCCAUUUUUCUUCUAUUGUUCUUUACCUUAAAAUUUAAUAUGAUUUCAGUGUUUUGACAGUUCAUACAAAUGUACUCGCUGAUAAAACUGCUUAUUCAUGGAU